CUCUCUCUCUCUCUCUCUCUCUCUCUAAACAAUGUGCACACCAUGGAUGAUAAGGAAUUGGGCGACAUGUUUCCUCUCAUGCAGAUUUCCUUUAGCUCAAGUUCCCAGAGGAACCAUGGUGUUUAACUCUAAUGGUGACAACAAAAAAACCUUUCAUGAGACGAACAAAAUGGCUUCGUGCAAUAACAAAUGCGAUGGGGAUAAAGAAACAGUCCCAAGUUCAACACAAAGUAACAAUAUCGAGUUAGAAGAGAAGGAGAUUGAUGAGUCGAGCUGGCCACACUUUGCAGAUGAGGAUUACAUUAUCUUUUGUUUCAAAGAGGAUGGAGGGAUUCAUGUGGUGCAGGAUGGGAAGCCAGAAGUGUCUGAUCAUGUUGAUCGCAUGACCCGAAGCUCAACAAGGCCUAUCAAUCACAAGGUUAGCGAAAAUCCAUUUUUUUAAUCACUUCUCCGUGUUUCAAACACUGAGGGCGGGAUUUGACACUGUAGUAAUGUUGUUCUAUUAUAACUUAGGUUUCAAGAAUAAGACUCUAUG